GGGCGGUGCUGGAAGGGGAAGCCGGGCCCGGUCCGCCUCCUUGCUGAGCCCGUAGUGCAGCAAAGAUGGUUUCUCCUAAAACCCGAUAUUUAGUGUUCUUUCAGUACUGUGGCACUAAAUAUAGUGGGGUCAUGCAAACCACAGCUGAGCAGUCAGGGCUUGGAGUCCAGAAUUAUUUGGAGAAGGCAGCACAGAACCUAAAACCUGUUGUUCCCAUCAAGUUCCACAUAUCCAGCCGGACAGACAGUGGUGUCCAUGCGCUCUGCAACUCUGCUCACCUUGACAUCCAGAGGGCACCAGGGAAGCCAGCUUUUCAAGAGAGAGUGCUCAUUAGUUGUUUGAAUCGCCACUUGAAGCCUGAGCCAAUCCGCAUUCUGAGUGCCUACAGAGUGACCGACAGCUUCCAUGCACGCUUCUCUGCACUGUCAAGAACCUACAUUUAUCGGCUGUUGAUGGGCUGUACCCACCAUUCUGAAAUACCAGUGUUUGAGAGGGAUCUGUGCUGGGCUCCCACUGGGGGCUACCUCAACGUGCCCGCCAUGCAGGACGCAGCACAGUUCUUACUGGGAACACACGACUUCAGCACUUUUUGUUCACCCAACUCCAAUGCACCGUCUCGGUCUCCAGUCAAAACCAUCGUACAGGCAGACAUCCAACCCUCUUCUGGUUUCUUAUCCCACCACUAUGAAUACAGGGGACUGGAGUUCUGGGAGCUGAAGUUCAAGAGCAGAUCGUUUCUUUACCGACAGGUCCGGAGAAUGGUUGGGGCUCUGGUUGCAGUUGGCCAGGGAAAGUUGGCACCGCAUCAUAUAAAGGAGUUGCUGGAGAUGAAGGAUACACAGGCUUUUCCAUCGUUUGCCAUGGCUCCAUCAUCCGGACUCUUCCUACAAUCAGUGGAAUAUAAUGAAGCAGAUUUGCAAACAACAGCGGACCCGGGAGAAUAGCAGCUCUGUCAGCCAUGUCUGAAAGGACUGUUGUUGUGGAUGUGGGAUGGAGGUUUGCAGAACUCUUUACGCAAUAAAUGCUCUCGUCUCAAUAAACAUCACCAACUUUAGGCAUC